AUGGGUUCUAUUUAUGAAAUUCCAAUGCCUCCAAAAGCAAAUGGUCCGGCCACUAUCCUGGCUAUGGGCACAGCCAAUCCACCAAAUGAGUUUAUUCAGGCAGACUAUCCUGAGUACUACUUUCGUAUUAUCAAUAGCGAACAUUUAACCCGUCUCAAGAGCAAGUACCAGCGCAUGUGCGAUAAGUCAAUGAUUAGGAAACGUUACAUGCACGUAACCGAAGAGACCUUGAAAGAACACCCUAAAAUGUGCGAUCGCAAGGCUUCUUCCUUAUCAGCCCGUCAAGCAAUCCUCGCCAGUGAAGUCCCCAAACUCGGCAAAGAAGCCGCCGAUAAGGCCAUCGCCGAUUGGGGCCAACCCACGUCUAACAUCACUCGCCUUAUCUUCGGCACCAACACUUUCUGCGACACCCCCGCUGCUGACCAGUACCUCGCCAUGCUCCUCGGCCUCUCGCCUUCCGUCAAGCGCUUUGUUCUCCUCCAGGGUGGCUGCCACUCUGGCGGUACGCUCCUUCGUAUAGCAAAGUCCAUGGCUGAAAACGAACGCGGAGCUCGUGUCUUGGUCGUAUGCGCGGAGUUGAGUACUGUUAUAUUUUACCAUGCUCCCGAUGACACUAAUCUUUUACCGCACACCUUAUUCGCAGAUGGUGCUGCGGCUUUGAUUGUAGGUGCUGACCCUGAUGAGCCUCUUGAGAAACCUAUUUUUCGGCCAGUGUCAGCCGACCAGACCACAAUUCCCGGUACAGACGGGACUAUACAGGCCCGUCUGAGGGAAGAGGGUAUGGUCGGGGACAUUAGUCCUGACAUACCUAAACUUAUAUCCAAAAAUAUCGAAAAUUUGUUGAUUGAAUCUUUUGAGAGAAUUGGGGUCAAAGACUGGAACUCCUUGUUUUGGAUCCCUCACCCUGGAGGUCGAGCUAUAUUGGACCAGAUUGAAACUGAACUCGAACUUGAGCCGACCAAACUGAAUACUACUAGGCAUGUCUUAAGCGAGUAUGGGAACAUGUGGGGUGCGAGUGUGAUGUUCAUAUUGGAAGAGAUGAGGAAACAAUCGUCGAUGGAGGGCAAAUCGACAACCGGAGAAGGGUUGGAAUGGGGUGUGUUGUUUGGUUUUGGUCCUGGCCUUACUGUUGAAACCAUUGUGCUUCAAAGUGCUCCACUUAAUUAAUUGGGAUU